AUGCCUCAAGUGGAUAUUUCCGACACAAGCAACAGAUCCCAUGUUAUUGCACCAACUCUCUUAGGGAACUACGUCGAAGAGCGUCAAGCAUUCGAAGCCCAGCUACGCGCACGAAAUGGAGAAAACCCACCAGCACACUAUGCCCACGAAGACGAAGGUUUCCAUCCUCGUCGACACCACAAAAACCGCCCAGAACCAGCAACCACUGAAGCUGCAUCUCCCAAACGAGUCGCAGCUACAUUAUUGGGUAACUGGGUUGAAGAGAGAUAUGCCAAAGAGGUUCCUAAUGCCUUGUCGAAUGGCAAACAAUCUGUAAUUGCUACUGCAUCCAUUAUUGGAACACAAUCUCAAGUUGAGGAGGCCAAGGAUGCUAAAAUGGAUUCAGCAGCUGUUUGGAAACCUACACCUGCUGUUCGUGGUGACCCACAUUUCCACAUCAAGCAUAAACCAAAUGUCACGCUCCAGGGCAAUUGGUUUGAAGAUCGGUUCUUGUUGGAGGAGGCUGGAUCUGGUCGUGCUAGAGAGACUGUUAUUGGGAUGAGUGGACCUGGUGGUCAUUUUGACUGGCCUCAACGAGGAGUCCCAGCAUUCGAAUCACAACCACCCCGAGCUGAUCCUCGAGGAAACCACAAGGCACCACAAGGAAAAAUCUUGCUUGAAAACUUUGUUGAAGAACGAGCUGUCGCUGAUAAAGGUUUCAAGGAUCCUGAAGAUUUGCCUACAUUGUCUAAAGCUGGUCAUCAAGGAAUACUCGCGCAGUCAGACAAACGAGAACUGAUUACAACCAACAAGGCAGAAUUCAAAGGACCUGCUGGUGGUGCUGGUCGAAUUGGUCGUCGUUUGCAGUUACAGCAAGAAGAGUAUGCUCGUAUCGCUGCAUCUGAAAUCAAGGAACCAGUUGAAGACCGCUCCGCCAAAGACUGGAUAUCUACAGCCAAACAAGACUUUGGUCAUGAAGACAUCUACCCGCCAGUCGAAGAUUUAGGAUCUAAGCCUGUUGAUGAGGCCAUGAAAAGGCAAUACGCCCAACCAGUAACAUUCUGGACUGAUCAAGCAGCCAUGGCUAAUGGAAUAGCAAUCUGUUCUAUGCCAUCAAACGGAUUGGCAAAUGCUGCCUCCUUUGGAAAGCACGCUGAUUUCAGUACCCCAAUAAGAGAAUUCAAGAAGGGUGCUCAUGUACAGUUUACUCCUAUACUGUAG